AUGGCGUGGGACCAGACCUACAACCUGCUGUGGAGCUCCAGGGUCGCCACAGAAGAGAAGGCCUUCCUCGAAGCGAACCGCAGCCAUCCGGCCCUGCUGAGCUUGGCGGAGUCCUCGGGCAGGCCUGCAGACCGGGGCAGGACGGGCGGCUCGGCGCUGUCGCAGGCCGGCGCCAGCACCGUGUCGCAGCUCCCGAAGACGGGCCGCUCGCGCGGGUCCACGGCGAUGUCCACGUCCGCGUCUGAGGGCGCCUUGGCCUCCAUUCCGGCGCACCUGGCCCCCCUGGCGCGAUUCCCGGUGGCAGACAGGGACCUCCUGAGCGCGCGGGUGGUCAAGACCGCCGACGGCAAGACGCCCACGAUCCGCUUCAAGAAGGAGAUCGUCGAGGUGACGUGGGGCAGCGGCCACAUCGUCACCUACAAACCGGAGUUCGUCCUGGAGGACCCGCCCGACUGGCAGCCAGAGGACAUCCUCAGGCACAGGCCAGGCGGGCGCAGGCGCAGGGCGGCGUCCUCGGGCGCGUCCGCGUCCGCGGCUCCCGGCAGUGGCCGCAGGUGA